GACACUUGCCGAUCAGCCCCAAGAGCCAAGCCAAAGCUCGAAAUGAACACUACUUGAUGAAAGACAAGCGGUGGGGCUACUUGUGUCAACUGUGUGGAAACCACGGCAUGCAGCCAAGCGAGGUGAAAUCUAAGCCCUGCUUUCCCCUGCCCGAUGUUGCAGAGCUUACAAGCAUGCCUGUGAAGACAAAGCUGUACACUGUGAACGAUGCAAAAGCAGAGGAACAGGUUCUACGUGCAGAGCUAGCAGAGCUGGAGGAACAGGAGAGAAAUUUGGCGCUGCUUUUGGAGCUCCAGGAGCUACAUGAGGAGGAAGCAAGGCUUCUUACCCAGGAUCUGCAGGAAAGAGAGGAUUUGCAUCUUGCUAUGGCGAUUUCAAAGUCUGAGAGUGAAGCUGGUGAUCACAAACCAGUUUCGGCAGAUGAAGCUAACAAGGAGAACACCGGAGCACGAGCCAGCAAUGAAACAAAGCAUCAUGUGGUUUCGAAUUCUUCGAAUGCUGAAGGUUUGCUUCUGGAUGCUAGGCCUCUGGAACCUGCAACGCCUAAGAUGGUCUCUGUUGCUGCAGCGGAAAGCAUCGCAACAAAGAUCUUGGAAACGAGAUCUUCGGAUGUGCCGAGUGAUGCUUUGACCGGUCCGGACUACACGGACACCUUGCCCAUGGGCGAGCUCAUCGCCGAGCCCAGUGCCGAGCCCCUUCCGAUUGAGGCGCCCGAGGCAGAGACACAUGUGUUGAUGCGGGCCGUUCCGUUGCAGUAUGAGGAGGAAGAGGAGGAAAAGGAGGAGGUGGAUGAAUGUGUUGACCCCAAUGGCAUGGUGGUGGCCAAGGAUGAAAGGAAGGAUCCGAGGGAGGAAUGCAGUGAAGAUGAAAGGGAGGAUCCAAGGGAGGAGUGCAGUGAAGAUGAAAGGGAGGAUCCAAGGGGGGAAUGCAAUGAAGAUGAAAGGGAGGAUCCAAGGGAGGAAAGUGUUAAAGAUGAUGCUGCGGAUGCCGCGAUUGCUGCUACACCCGGCAAGGAAACUGUUCACUACGAUAUGGAUGCAGUGCUCCCUCCCUGCCCAGCCGGUAAAGGUGAUCAGACCCCUGCCAUGUCACCAGCCGAGCAGAUGAAACUGGCAACCAAGAAAUCUGGCCAAGGAAAGGGCCGAGGAAGGGGCAGAGGAGGCAAGGGCUCACGCGGUCGGGGCAGGGGACGUUCCGGUCGGGGUCGUGGCAAGGCCUGCCCGGAUGACUCGGCCCACUCAGAUGGUCACGAGGCUGAGAGCAAAAGGGAUGACCGAGGUGAUGGUGAGAUCACACCCACUGAGAAGGAGGAGACCAGUGAGGAUGAGGCAGUGCAUGUCAAGGCGCAUGAGAGAAGCAGGCCGAAAAGGAGCUGCAGCGUGGGGAGUGAUCGUGCCUGCAAGAAAGCCAAGGUGGACACUCGCAAGCGCAAGCGUGCUGCAUCCCCCUCCCAGGAAGCUGAACCCGAAAAAGCCCCAAAGCCGAAAGCAACCAAGCCAAAAGCAAAGGCCCAGAGCACAGCCGAGCCCGAAGCAGCAAGCAAAGACAAGACCAAACGAGGCCCCAAAGCAGCAGCGAAGCCAGUUCCGAAAGCAAAGGGGAAAGCAGUUCCCAAAGCAAAGGGGAAAGCAGUUCCCAAAGCAAAGGCGAAGCCAGUUCCGAAAGCAAAGGCAAAGGAAGUUCCCAAAGCAGCGGCAAAAGCAGUUCCCAAAGCAAAGGCGACCGCUGCAAAGACCAAAGGGGCUAGCCAUGACAAAGGCGAUGUGAUUGCAGAGAGAAAGGCACGCCUAUCUCGGAAAUCAGUUGCCUACCACAAAGCUAUCAAGCAAGGGAAGGAUGCAGGCAAGAGUCUAGAGGAGUGCAAGGAGCUGGGAAAGCAGGUGUUGUGCCUUCGCUGGAUGAACAACCUCACCUUCACUGACCGGUACCAAUUCUUCGAGCUUUUCUCGGGGUCAGCUGCUGUGUCAAAGGUUUGGCCGCUGGGCUAUUUCGUGGUCUAA